AUGGGCCAAAACUGGAAGCUGAAAAACUUUUCGAAACACUGUGAUGCCUAUACAGAUCCACUCAAGCUGGGGGAGAUCCUCUUCUGGGGGCAUCCCGGGGGCAAGCUGCUCUCUUACUUGCGCAAGGUCCAUUUGCCACCGCUCGACGUCUGUGUUGGGCCAUACACUCCUGGGCAAUAUGUGAAGGUUGGCACCACACGUCGGAGGCUGCCAAAACGCAACGCGCGGGAAACGGCCACGGGAAUUGUCGCACUCCCGCUGGAGCUUCUCGACCUGAUCUUCGGCUUCGUCGACGAUCUCAUUGACGCGCUCGUGCUCGGCAUGACGUGCCAACUUCUGUGGGACGUCGGCCGCCGCCAAGUAUAUGCGCUACUCUGUGCCGACGAAGGCUUGCUGAUGUGCUCAUGGGCGGGCGACCGUCUGGCUGUCGUCGGGGAGUACACCGAGCUCAACGAACUGCCCGAAUACUUCUUCCCCAAUGGCCUGGCUAAAUACGAAGAGGGUGCACUGGAUGUCCAAUACUGUAUGGACUUUUGGGAUUUGCUCAACAUCGAGUCCCGCGUGCGACUCCCCCUCCUCGACCGUGUUGGCUUCCGCGGCGAUGCACUCUGGUUGUUUCACCAUGGGCCGGGGAUGCUCACCAAUGUCGCGGUGCAAUUUGAUCCUCCAUUCCAACCGCGUACUGCCGUCCUCCGAAAUCUCACAACAUGUCAAUACGUGCGCCAGGCAGCGCUCGAGGAGAUGCAGGCCCGCUACCGCGAGUCCGAAGAGCUACGCGCCCCGUUCUACACAAAGGCAUCGGUGCUAUUGUGGGAGACCCACCUCGGAGACCUGCUCUAUUGCCAGAUCUGCUGGUCGCUUGACCCCUCGGUAAGCAUGCGGUAUGAGAAGAUUCAUCAAGGUCCUUGGGCGGGGCAUCGUUUUGACAUAGUGGGGGCGGAAUGGCUUGAGCAAACGGAGAAGGAGGGCUGGGUCGAUGCGAGUGAGGAGACAGUGGACGAAUUGGAAGCAAUCUGGCGGUCGGAAUACGCCUACGUCGGCGAAGAUUGA